CCAUGGUUGGAAAUAGGAUCCCUCCUCUAUACUAUCUCUCCCUAAUGUCAGUGUGUAGUGGUUGUGUAGUGGAGAGGGACCUGCCUUGAACUUUGGGGACUUUUAACCAGCGGCCAAUGAGUUGCACCUCCACAAACCGAGACAGCGCAUCAGUGCGUGAGACUCCGCUCACCUGAGACCAAAUCCAGCAGCGAUCGAACAACAAGUCGUCCCAUAAAUCCAGCUCUCAUCUCGUCUUUAUUAAGUGUUUUGCGAUGGAUUCUUUCACAAUAACUGCAGCCAUUCUCCUCGCUGGGUUUAUUUCCUCGGCGGCUUUGAGACACUUCGAAACCGAGUGCUUCACCGCCAACGGAGCCGAAUACAGAGGCUUCCAGAACCAGACGAGCCUGUCGGGAGGGAAGCCCUGCCUCUUCUGGAACGAGACCUUCCAGCACCCCUUCAACACCCUCAAGUACCCCAACGGGGAGGGGGGCCUGGGCCCUCACAACUUCUGCAGGCAUCCACUUGGUUCAAUCUUCCCCUUUUGUGUCGACGCAGAUGCUGCGUCCAUAUCCUUUUGGAAGGGAUGCUCUCUGCCUGUGUGCGUGGUGCCUGGCAACCUGGGCUGCUUCAAAGACAGCGGUGAUCCUCCCACCCUGUCAGGUAUCAGCGAGACCUCCAACAAACUCACCAUCCAGAACUGCAUUAGCUUCUGCAGGAAGCAACGCUACGAGCUGGCGGGAAUGGAGUCGGGUUACGCCUGUUUCUGUGGCAAUGAGCUGGACCUGCGGGACCACGUCGAGGCCCCGAGCAUGGAGUGCAACCACGUGUGUUUCGGAGACCACACCCAGCCCUGCGGUGGGGACGGGUGGGUGAUCAUCUUCGACACCAAGGUGGGGUCCUGCGGCGGGAACUACACCGCCCCCUCGGACGUCAUCUACUCCCCGGACUUCCCCGACAAGUAUGCGUCGGGCCGCGUGUGCUACUGGACCAUCCACGUGCCGGGCGCCUCCGCCCUCAUCUUCAACUUCACCUUCUUCGACAUCUCGGACCAGACGGACAUGGUGGAGCUGCUGGACGGCCACAGCAACCGGGUGCUGGCGCGCUUCGACGGGCGCCACCCGCCGCGGGAGGUGCUCAACGUCACGGCGGACUACGUCAUCCUGUACUUCUACUCCGACCGCACCAACCGGGCCCAGGGAUUCGCCCUGCUCUACCAAGCUCUGAUGGGCCAAAAGACCAACUUGCUUGAGGAGGCAGAGCGGGAAGAGGAGGGCGACCUCACCAGCCAGGCCACGCCUCCGCUGGACGCCACUGAAAAGUCCAACGGUUCGUCCAACGGCCGCUCCUCUCAGAUCAUGUAUGUGAUCACGACCAGUCCUGACAAGCCGGAGCACAACAUGCCAGGUCAGUGGGAAGGACCCAGCAACACCAGCGGCCACCAUGCUAUGUGGACCAUCUACGCCCUGGCGGCGCUUCUCACACUGACCGUCAUAGCCAUGGUCGCUAAGCUACUGCUGCAUAUCACAGUCAAGGCCCCCAACAUCCCAACGGUGAGCGGCUCGGACAGCUGCAGCCAGAGCACCGCAUCCACGGAGCCCUGGAUCAUCCUCUACCAGCCGUCCACCAUCUCCCUCUUCAAGAAGAAGCUGAAGAACCACCACGGGGACCUCAGCCCCCUGGUGGGCAACUAGGAGCACUGCGCCCCUCACCGCUAACACCACUACUGUGUACCACCACCACCAUGGCUGUCAGGCGCCUCGCCCUCAAGGACAACAAAAACAGAAACUCUACUAAGAGGGUACGGAGGAACUAGGGGGAGCUAAGCUAACAUGCUAACGACUGGCCCGAGUGGCUAAUGACGUCUGAUGACUCAGUGGCUGCUUCUACAAAAAAAAAAAAAGAGUGUUGCAGAGUGCCGGGCAGCCCCUCC